AUGAUCAGAAGUAAUGCUUUUAGGCAACGUGACAACUGUAAAAUUUGGUCCUGGUCCCAGACACGGUCACACGGUCAGUCUAGUGGUGGUGGAGUUAUCCAGCCAAACGUGAACCAGACGUUGUUCAAAACUCCUGUGUGGGAUUAUCCCCUGUUCACCCCUAUCACACCACAACCCCGGGCCAAAUUGCCAUACAAAUUGUAA